AUGAGCAAACGAAAGAAAAACGAUCCUACUCCAGAUGAAGCAGAAGAAGAAGAAAAUGACAAUAAUUUACGAGAUAAACAUCAUAAACAAGCACCACCACAGAAAGUUUAUGAUUUUCAUAAAAAAACAAUUGAAGUUUAUCCUGAACGUUUACGUGAAUUAAAUCGACAAUUUGUUGCAUCAGUAUCGUCACAAAUAUCCGAUGAACCAUAUAGUGUUCUUGUUGGAAAUUGUCUUGAUUAUGUUCGUCAAUAUUUUAAUUAUGAAGAUGAUUUAUUACAAUAUUCACCAUGGCUUGCAACUAGACUUAAACAAUCUCGUUCAGAUAUAGUUAAAUGUUUACAAGAAACAAUUGAUGUUUAUGAAGCACUUGCACGUCAUGAUUUUGAUCAUUUAAUUGACAAAAAUACUUCUGAUGUAUCACCAGAUGAACCAAUAAGGAAUAGAAAUGAUAUUUCUGAACAAUUAACAAUACCUUCAUAUCAAUUUCGUCCAUCAUCAACUACUUCGACUGCUUCAGUAUCAAAUUUUAUGAAACCAUUAACAACUACAGCUGCUAGUGAUUCGAUUGGUUUUAAUUCAACAAAAUCAACAACAACUACGGCUGCUAGCGAUUCAACACCAACAACUGGUUUUAGUCUUGGAAAAUCAACAGCAGCUAGUGAUACAACACCAUCAAGUAGUUUUAGUUUUGGAAAAUCAACUGCAACUAAUGAUUCAACACCAUCGACUGGUUUUAGUCUUGGAAAAUCAACAUCAAAUAAUGAUUUAACACCAUCAGCUGGUUUCAGUCUUGCAAAAUCAACAUCAAGUAAUGAUACAACACCAGUAACUGGCUUUAGUUUUGGAAAAUCAGCAUCAAAUAAUGAUUCAACAUCAUCAACUGGUUUUAGCCUUGGAAAAUCGUUAGCAAAUAAUGAUUCAACACCAUCGACUGGUUUCAAUCUUGCAAAAUCAACAUCAAAUAAUGAUUCAACACCAACGCCAAGUUUUAGUUUUGGAAAAUCAACAGCAAAUAAUGAUGCCACACCAACAAGUGGUUUUAGUUUUGGAAAAUCAGCAGCAGCUAGUGAUACAACACCAUCAGCUAGUUUUAGUUUUGGAAAAUCAGCAGCAGCUAAUGAUUCAACACCACUGACAGGUUUUAGUUUUGGAAAAUCAACAACACCGAGCGAUUCCACACCAUCAGCUGGUUUUACUUUUAAAAUGCCUACAACAUCAGCAUCACCAGAUAAAUCAGCAAAUACAUCACCAUUCGCUUUUUCUAUACCAAAUACAGGCUUUGGAACAUCAACAUUCAGUUCUCCUACUUCUAUUAAUCCAACAAAUACGGAUAAAUCAUCAACUGGUUUAGGAUCAUCAAUAAGUUUUACUCCACCACCUAAAUUUUCAUUUACACCAACAGCAUCAGCUACUACUGAACAACAAGGAACAACAGAAGAUAAUGAAGAUGAAUCAGCUGAACCACCAGAACCAGAAAAAGUUGAACAUGAAGCAGGCGCUAAAUUAACAUAUAGAUGUCGAAUGGCAGUAACAGCAAAAGAUGUUAAAUUAAUAAAACGUGGACCUGUGCAAGUUGUACUCAAAGAAAGUAAUGAUAAAAAUCAAUUAAUUGUACGAUCUGAUGAUUCUCUCGGCCGAUUAUUUUUGAAUAUUAUAUGGUCGAAAAUUAUUGAAAUUAAAAAAAAUUCAACUAAAGAUAUUACAUUUGGUUGCAAACUUAAUCCGGGUAUGCCCGAAAUUAAAGAAGGAGAUGUUGCUGUUAUAUUAUUUCGAUUUGAUAAUGAAACUGAUCGUAAUGAUGCAUAUGAAAAACUCAAUAAAGAACGAACAUAA